AGGGUCUGCGCAUAUCGCGUAACUUGAGCAGACUUGAGCUGGUGACGAACUGCUGCAUGCAAGGAAACAUCGUCUGGUGAAUGCCACAAUUCCACAACGGAAUUGCAUGUGACCCUCUAUAAUUAGAAAAAACCCACUGCGUCAACUAUGUCCAUCAGGAUACUCUAUUCAGGAAUCAGAAGACAUCUACGCAUUAACAAGGGAUUUACAGCUGUACCAGUGAGAUACUAUGAAGAUAUUCCUAAAGCAUAUCGCCCAUAUGGAAAAAAAAGGUGACGGAAAUUAUGGAUCAACACUUGGAAAACAAAAUGUUGGAUAUGUCAAACCAGUACGAGAAACGAUUCUCAGCUUAGCCAAAACCAUUCCCUUUACUGACAAGGACUCGGUCUUCAACAUUGCCGACUAUGGUGCAGCUGAUGGUUCUACUGCCAUGGCCAUUUUCCGUGAGUUGUUGGCCACUUUGAAAGACCAUCAUGGUCCCAACACCCAGUUCCAGGUUAUUUAUGAAGACUUGGAAAUGAAUGAUUUCAAUUCCCUCUUCAAACGUAUGUCAGGAAUCAUCCCUGAUCCGCCGUCCUACCUCCUGGAAAUGGACAAUGUCUAUGUCCUUGCUUCAGGGACAAACUUCUACAAGCAGUGUGUACCUUCAAACUCAAUGCAUUUCAUGAUGUCAAUGACGUCUGUCCAUUGGUUGUCAAGGACUCCAACCACCUUCAAGGACUCGAUUUACAAAGAUGCCAAGAGUAGUACUGAGGAGACGGCUGCACUAAACAAGCAAGCCGUGUUGGACUGGGAGACCUUUUUUACUGAGAAGAAGUAGAGAACUGAAACGGGGAGGCUUACUUGUCGUUGGUACCUGCGCUGAGUUUGAGGGCAGAAACGCUGGUGAUAGACACCUUCUAGAGUCGUUUAUAGGACUAUUGACUGAGAUUUGGAAGGAAUACAGUGGAACUGGUAAGAUCACAAAAGAAGAGUUCGUUAAUACAAAUUUGUCCCAUUGUUUGCGUAACAUGGAGCAGAUGACAAAACCAUUCGAUAACAAAACGUCAUCCGUUUCAAGGUCAGGAUUAACUCUCUUGUCAGCUGAAGCUGUAGUGAACCCUGAUGUAUUUUACAACAAUUGGAGAGAGAAGAAAGA